UUAUUCCUAAUGAAUUUGAUAUACCUUCUACAGGAAAUAUUUCGCAGUUAUCCGCUCGUCCAGAAUUACCUCAACUAGAACAUAGCUCGACACAGGCCCAAGGGGGUAAAUCCUUAGAUUCAUCUAAAUCGCCAACAGAGCCUGAAUCAUUCGCAACCUCUUUGCCAGAAGAGAUUAUUGAUGACGAUUCAGCCGAGACCCUAGAUUUUGUAGAAACGCUAUAUAAAGAAAAUGUUAGUAACGAAAUAAUGGAGAGAACUAGGAAAAAGAAGUUUCAAAAUCAAGAGGUGUCUUCUGGAAAACAAGACACUUUUUCAGAAGAAUCUGUACAAAAUAUAUCUGAAAAAUCUAUCGGGAAUUCGGCUAGUACAUACGUGCCAAGUUUAAUGUCUGAAGUUGUACAAGGUUUGUUACAAGAAUUUUCAGUAAACUCUAUAGAAGGAAAAAAUAUUGAAUUUAUUAAUAAUGAGCCUUCAAAUUCCGCACCUGUUGAGCUUGCUCAUUUGUUAUAUCAAGCUAGUAAAGCGAGAAAAAAAUCUAUCAAAGCUAAGCAGGAAGAAAUUUUAUCUUGGGGUUGCUAUUCUGAAAAAUACGAAGAUAGAGUUAUAAAGAUUACAUCCGAAAAUAAAAAUCUUAAGGAUAAGACUGCCAGAACCCAGAUUUAUAAUGAAAUGAAGCCAUACCUCACGGGCAUUUCUGAUGAGUAUUUACGCAAGAUAACAA